AUAAAACAUGGCAGAAAAUUAAGAAUAACCUGCUCAUUUUUGUCAAACACAUAAAGAUUAUAUGUAUGAGAUAGUGUGUUUUGAUUAUAUGACGAAUGAAUGUGGAUUUUUGUGCAAAAAAUGUUAUAGAUUGAAAGAAAAAAAAUAGAAGAAAGAAUAAGAGUAUUAGGAACAUCAUAAUAAAUUUAUUUCCAAACUUGAAGAAUUAAAAGGAUAAUUAAAAAAAUAUAAAGAUGAUAAAAUCAAACAAAUAGUCGAGAAAUUUUAAUAAAUAGUUACUAAAGGUUUGGAAAAAAUUUGUGAUCAGUUUGGAUUUGCAAUUAAACAAAUAGAUAUGUUUAUCGAAUAAUUAAAGAAUUUAAAUCUUGAAUAAUUAAAGAAUUUAAAUCUUGAAGAAUAAUAAAAAAAAAUAGACAAAUAAAAAGUUGAAAUAUAAGAGUUAAGAAAAUAAUCAAUACCUUAAAAGGUUAAAGCCUUAUCAGAAAUAAAGAAUGAACUUUUUGAUGAGAUUUUUAAAUUGGAAGAUCAUUUAUUUUCAGAACCUCUAUUAGGAUAAUAGUUGUACGAAAUUCCAGAGCUUGAAGACAUUUUUUUAAAUUUUGAUACAAAUAAUCUAUUAUUAAAAUUUGAAUAAGAUUAUCAUAAAAAAUAUUAAUUUUUGGGUUAGAAUGAUGUUGAAAGAAUGUCAAAGGAAUACUAAGAUGAAUUGAAAAAUCUAGAGGAGAAAUUGUAAACAAAGGAAUUAGAAACAUAAUCAAAGGAAAUUAAUAAAGUUUUAGAAGAAUAAAAAAAGAAUAUGUUAAAAAGAUUUUAAAAAUAUUAGAAUUGGAUUGAAAAAAUUUUAGAAAAUGUAAAAAAAGUGAGACAGGAAUGUAUAGGAAGAGAUGAAGAAAUUCAACUGAUGUUACGAAAAGAUUUUAUAAAUUUAAAAUAACUAAAUAUAGCAAAUUAAAAGCAUAAAAAUUUUUUUGAGGAAUUAAGAGAAACAGCAAGUUAAAUUUGCCAUCUUGGAUAAUAUGACAUUAAAAUUAGCUUGGAGAAAAUCGAAAGUAGUUUUAUGGUUAAAUUUAUUCCAAUUAAAAUGUUAUAUGAUUUGAAUUAAAUGCAAAAUAAUUUAAUUUAAAAAUACCCUAAUGUAACUUAAAUCUUGGGUGCACAUUUGAAUCAAGAAGGACAUGUAAUUAAUUUUAAUAAAAAUAGCUUUAAGGAGAAGCUUAAAUAGUGGAAAAUUUUGGAGAAAAUAGAAUUAACGUUAAUAUAGGCAAUUUAGAACAUUAAAUAGGAUGUACCAUUUAGAAAAAUUAAAAUAAAUCUCUUUUUAACCUAGAUUUAUUAUAAUUCUUUCCUCAAAGUUAAAAUAAGUUUAAUUAUAUAAAAAAAACAUAUGAAAAUGGAGACUAAGAGUAUAUAGAAGAGAAUAAUUCAUGGGAACUUAAAGAAUAAUCUGAUUAAAGAUGGACUUUGGUAAUUAAUUAAAACGAAUAAAAUUAAAAGAAAAUAGAAUUCAAGGAUCUUAGCAUAAACUAACAAAAUGAAGUAGAUUAAAAUUUUAAAAUCAAAAUAAUUUAUUCUUAAAAGAAGAAAUAUGAGGGUUAGAUCAAUAAUAGUUUUUAAUAUUCUGGAUAAGGAACAUUAACUGAUAAUGAAACUGUGAAAAGUGGAAUAUGGAAGAAUGGAAAACUUGAAGGAGAAGGUUUAAUUAUUUAUAAGGGUAAGAAAAUAUAUAAAGGAGAUUUUGUAAAUGAUAUGAAAUAAGGAUGGGGAUUGGAGUAUAUAAUUUAAGACUAAUAGUAUCAAAUAUUAUUAUUUAAGUUAUGAAGGUCAAUUUGAAAGAGACCAAAAGCAUGGAAAAGGUAAAAUCAUAAAAAAGUAAAAUAUCGAUGAUGAUGACCAUACAUUAGUGGAAGAUAACAUUAAGUGGAAAAAUGGCUAACCUCUUGAUGGUUUAUGUCAGAUAUUUUGAAAAUAUUAG